AUGAGCUUGAAAAAAGAGUGGCAAGCGUGGACAAAGUUGAUGGAUUCAAGCAAAGUAGUGUCCGGGAUAGGCUUUGACUGUGACACCGGUUUGUUUCAGGCACCUAACGAGUGGUGGGACAAGAUGGAAUCAAUCAACAAGGCGUGUGCGAAGUUCAGGAAAAAAAUCUUGGAACACCGUGACUUGAUGGAGACGGUCUUCAUGGGGGCAUCAGCUACUGGGAAGCACCAUUGGAUCCCGGGAGAGAAACUUCUUGAAGCUACUGAUGACUCAUCUGAUUCAGUGCGUAGUUUGGGAGCCCAGCCAUUUGCUGAUCCGAUACCCGCAGGAGUACAGGACGUGGAUUCAGAUUCUUCUCUAGAGCAUGUUCCGAUUGAAAAGCUAAAAAGAAGAAAGACGCCAUCAACAAGUGUUUCAAAGUCGAAGAAGGCAACAAGUGGUGCGUCCGUUAUUGCGGAAAGCAUGAACAAUCUGACAGAUGUGGUGCGUUCAAAGAAUCAGCAGGUCACGGCGAGGCACCUUACAGGCAACAAAUCGCUGUACACUAUUUCGGAGUGCAUGCAUAAACUGAGCAGUAUUCCAUCCCUGAUUGGUACGCCGUUAUUCCACUUCGCCUCCAUACUUAUGGAUAAUGUUGAUUACCGGGAGGUGAUGAUGUGCCAGCCUGAUGACGACCACAUCAUUGGAUGGCUUACACAGAAGCAACUCCAGUGUACUGCGUCGGCGCCUUUUGCAAACCUGUUUGGGGGUCGCCGGAUGUGA